AUUUCUAAAUUCUUUGAUCCAUUCGUUUCGUACGCAACGGCACGUGUUUCUUCGUUGUAAAAAAUUAAAAAGGUGAAAAAGUGCUACAAAUUAGUGAAAAAAUGUUAGAAACCGAUAAAAUAAUUGAUGCUCUUGUUCUGGGCUACUUGGUGAAAAAAGAUAAAACUUUUGCCCAAGUUUUUCAACAAAAGACAAAGGCUGUUAACCUUCCAAAAGGAUGUGCGAAACUAGAAGAGAUAUUUAGCUAUUAUCAGACAAAUUCAGGCAAAAAAAUAGCCGCCCCAAAAGCUGCAGCUUCGAGCUCAAGCGAUGACAGUGAUUCUGACGAGGAUGAAGUGCCCAAAAAGCCGGUGAUUGCAAACGGAAAACCUGCGGCAGCGAAGGCAGCCGCUGCCAAAAAGGAUUCAUCCUCAGAUGACAGCAGUGACGAGGAUGAGAAGCCAGCAGCAAAGAAGGCGGCAACACCCGCUAAGCCUGCUGCUGCAGCGAAGAAACCAGAAUCGUCAAGUGAUGAUGAUAGCAGUUCGGAGGAAGAAGCUGCUCCAAAACCAGCUCCAGCAGCCAAGCCCACCGCAGUCAAGAAAGCCGAUUCUUCAAGUGAUAGCGAUGACAGUGACGAAGAUGACGCCAAAACUAAAGCUAAGCCAGCUGCUAAGACCCCUGUGAAGCCAACUCCCGCAAAGAAAGCCGACACAGAAGACUCCUCAGAUGACAGCAGUGAAGAUGAAAAACCAGCUGCCAAGAAGCCUGUUGCAGCACCCAAGACACCAGUUGCUAAGAAAGCUGCUUCAUCCAGCGAUGAUUCCUCAGAUGAGGAAGAGGAAAAGAAACCAGCUCCAACCAAGACUCCGGUAAAAGCUACCCCCGCAAAGAAGAAGGACUCGAGCAGCGACGACAGCAGCUCCUCUGAAGAUGAGAAGAAACCCGCUCCCAAACCGGUUGCUAAGACUCCAGUUCCAGCUGCAAAGAAACAAGCAUCCAGCAGUGAUGACAGUUCUUCAGAGGAAGAAACAAAGCCUGCUGCUAAGGCUGCUCCUAAAGCUGCCGCUAAACCAGCAGCAGCAAAGGAUUCAUCCAGCAGCGAUGACAGCUCCGAUGAAGAGACUCCCGCUGUUAAACCAGUUGUAAACAAAGCAGUCACCCCAGCUGCCAAAAAGAAGGCUGAUUCAAGUUCAGAUGAUUCGUCGUCGGAAGAUGAGAAACCAGCUAAGAAAACUCCAGCUAAGCCGGCUCCAAUUGCAAAGAAGAAGGCAUCUAGUUCUGAUGAUUCCUCUGAUUCUUCUGAUGAACCCCCAGCCAAGAAGGCUGCCGUUUCAAAGCCUGCCGAAGCGAAAAAGGCACAGAAAUCAAGUGAUGAUAGUUCAUCGGACGACGAUGAGGAACCAAAGUCAGUUCCAAUCAAGAAGAAGGCCGCUGAAAAGGACGAAUCAUCGGGUGACAGUUCAGAUUCAGAUGAUGAAAAGGAGAAGAAGGAAGCUCCUAAAGCAGGCAAAAAGCGCAAAUUCAGUGAAUCUGCUGCCGCAGAGAAACCUAAGUACAGCAACUUUAUUAAAGCUGGAGAGAAUGGAGAUGCGGAUAACACAUCGACUCCUAAUGGUCAGUUCAAAAAGAACAAACCCAACUUAAAUGGUAGUGGCCCAAGAAAGAACACACCAUUCCGUCGUGUCAUCACUGAGGAAGUCGAAAUAGAUCCUCGUGUAAUUGACAAUUCGUUUGACGCUAAGAAAAAUGCCCACGGAUCCUGGGGAGCGAAAGCGAAUCAAGACUUAAAGUUUACACGCGGUAAAUCCUUCAAACAUGAAAAGACCAAGAAGAAGAGGGGUAGCUAUCGCGGUGGACAAAUCGAUAUGGGAGUUAAUUCUAUUAAAUUCGACUAAUUUAAGCAUAAUAGUUUAUAAGAUAUCAUAUAAAAUAUUUUAACUAAAACAAAAACUACAUUAGCAUUUAGCGUUUGUAAAUACAACCCACAAUGACUUCAAUUAUAACGGAAACGUUUUUAAACAAAAAAUAAUUCUGUAUCUUAAAAAUCUUAUAUAGAUUCCAAAAUUCUGACUAGGAGUAAAUACAUAAAAUUAUUAAUUAUGUAUAUGUAUGCCCUUAGUCGUUUAAGAUGAAUUUAAGUAAUUUUAAUGAAAUGUCAAGAGUUUCAUAAUGAUACACAUUUUUUUGUUUUAUUAUUUUAAAUACUUUUAUUUGUAUUUCAACAAAAAGAAAGAAAAAAAACUAUAAAAUUACAUGCAAAUUUUAUAAAAUACGUAUUUUAUAAAAUAAAUAAAAGCCAGACUAAAGUGUAAUUUCCAAACGGA